AUGUGUAGGCAUUUUGUAGUAGCCUGUGUCUUCCGAAGUGUCACAGAUAAUUUUGAGUGGGCUUUUGCGGGUGUUUAUGGGCCAAAUGAUGCUGGUAUCCGAAGCACUUUUUGGGAUGAAUUGGGAGGUGUAAUGAAUGUGUGGGAUCGACCUUGGUGUGUGGGAGGGGAUUUUAAUGUCGUGCGUAACCCUGGAGAACGAUUACGUGCUACAAGACAAACGCAAGCAAUGACUGCUUUUGCUGAUUUUAUUUUCGAGCAUGGGCUUAGCGAUCUUCCAAUGGUAGGAGGGCUCACUUGGUCUAAUCGGCGUGCAAGGUCUAGACUUGAUAGAUUUUUGAUAUCUGAAGAAUGGGAGGAACGCUAUCUAGAUGUAUGCCAAAAAAGGUUUCCUAGAGUAUUAUCAGAUCACUUUCCAGUGAUAUUGGAGUGUGGAAUUGGAAGGAGGGGUCAUAUACCCUUCAGUUAUGUGUUGGCUCGAAAGUUGAAAGCUUUGAAAGGGGAUCUCAAAAAAUGGAAUGUGGAGGUUUUUGGAGACAUAGGAAAAAGUAAGGAAUUGGAGGAGGUAUUGGGUGGGUUGGAUAGCAUAGCAGAAAGUAGAGAUUUAACGGAGGAGGAGACAAUUAGGCAGAAAUCUAGAGCAUUGUGGCUGAAAGAGGGCGAUCGGAAUACGAAGUUCUUCCAUAGGUUGGCAAACUCGCAUAAGAGAAAUAGCACGGUUGCAGCAAUGAUGGUGGGUGGGAGUAGGACCGAGGAUCCGGCAGCUAUACAGGAUCAUAUUGUGCAUUUUUAUAAAGCUCUGUAUUUUGAGCAGUGUCAGGGGAGACCAACCUCAUUCUUAGAUCCUUCGAUGGAACAUCUUAAUUCCAUAGAGGAAGGGGAGAGAUUGUGGAUGGAGAAAGGUUUUGAGGAAGAAGAGGUUUAG